AUGCUUCUCAUGAAGGACCUUCACGCUACCUUCGGGAAAGAGAUAAGGGAGGUGAAGGAUAAGGUUGCUCAACAUGAAAACCGCCUGUCGGAAGCUGAAACCCGAAUUGACCAAGUGAACAAUCGGGUUGACAACGUAAUGGCUGACAUGAGGAAAUCACUUGACGAACUCAAACUUGGGGAGGGAAAUACAGCUCCCGUAGUAGCUACUACACCUUCGCUACGUGGGUUCAAGGUGCCACCAUUCGACGGGACUUCUUCCUGGUCAGCCUACAAAAUCCAGUUCGAAGCUGUUAUGAAGGCGAACGGCUGGAAUAACAGUCAGGCAAUGACUGCUCUCACACUAGGCCUGCGCGACCAGGCCUUAACAGUUCUGGAAGCUCUCGGGGAGGAAGUGACUUAUGAGCAACUCCUUGAGGCAUUGGAGGCGAGAUAUGGCGACGCUCACCUGGAACAUGUCUUUCGUGCGCAGCUUAAAGAUCGCGUGCAGCGCAUCAACGAAAACCUGCAGCAGUGGGCUCUAGAGGUGGAGAAGCUGGUGCGGAAAGCAUACCGGUCUGUACCUGCGCUCAUUGAAGGGAACCUGGUGCAGACAUUCAUCGACGGCAUCCGCGACCUGGAAGUCAGAGCUGCUGUGAGGCUCGGGCACCACGAGACGCUUAAGAACGCCUUGGCCCAUGCACUGGAAGUGGAAGCCGUGCGGCAGGAUCAUCGUUCCCAUCGCGUCAGGGAGGUUGCGGCAGCUACAGUUCGCGACCGCAACAAAGGAUACAGCCCUAGGUGCUAUGGCUGUGGGGAAAGGGGCCAUCUUCGGUCCAGCUACCCUGAGCACACCCUACGAAGGGAAGGUGAACGGUCUCAGAAAGGAAGUGCGGCUAACAGCACCGCCCAGCAGCAGCAGGAAUACGACUUUACUAUCAGACACUGCAGCGGGAAAUCUCACGGCAACGCAGAUGCAUUGUCAAGAAGACCUUGUCCUGAAGAUUGCAACCAUUGUAGUAGGCAAGAGAGUAAGGAGGUGGUAUCCGUGAGGAUGCUCAGGAAAGACCACCUCAGCAACGGGUGGAAGGACAACCUACGACAUGCACAGCAGGAAGAUCCGGACAUCAAGCCGAUUCUGGGAUGGAUGAAGGCCCGUGCUACCAAGCCUAAGUGGAGGGACGUCUCAGCGAUGAGUUCAACCACGAAAAGCUAUUGGGCCCAAUGGGACAGCUUGCUGAUUCAGGAUGGAGUCCUGUGUCGUAAAUGGGACAAUGGUCGAAGAGACAGCUGUCGUUUGCAAAUGGUUGUCCCUAAAGCUAAAGUGCCGAAUGUUCUACAGUUGUGCCAUAAUGGUCGUUCAAGAGUCCAUCUGGGAGUUAAACGAAAUCUACUGAAGGUCCGAGAACAGUUUUACUGGGUCCAUUAUCGUGACGAUGUCGAGGAUUGGUGUCGUACAUGUACAAGUUGUGCGGCCGAGCGGGGACCUCUGACACGUAGUAGAGGAGCAUUGAAGUUGUACAAUGUUGGUGCACCAUAG